AUGCCCGUGCUGCUGGAGGAGGCGGAGAAAGACGCCAGCCGUCUGGAAGAUUCGGACGGCACGACCUCGGAGGAGGAUGGCAACCCGCUCGCGCAGGAUCGCGUGCUGAAGCGCAAGACCCACCAUGCGAAGAUGGCAAAGGAGCCAGGUAUGCAACACGUUUCGGUGCUAGAACGAAGCUCGGUAGGAGAGCGAACCUGGGCGCAAUAUCGAAAGCUAUAUCGAGGCCUGGUGGGCUACGUCGACGAGCGCAAGCUGAACACCGACAAGGUGCAGGACUUCGACGUGGCCAUCGUCGCCUUCAUGACUCACAUGUAUAUGCUGGGUUACGACGCGGGCAUCGGCCAGAAGCUGAUCGCCGCCGUUGUGUUCUUCCAACCUCGCUUCGGCAAGCUGGGCGACCUUUCUCUUCCGCGAGCCUGGCGGGCUGCCAGGGGCUGGGCCAAGCUGGACCCACCGCGCAGCCGUCAGCCCUUGACCCUGCCGACGGUCGCAGGGUUGGCCGCGAUGCUCGCCUACGCGGGGCGCCUGGACAUGGGCAUCUGGGUGAUCAUCGCUUUCUGCACCUACUUGCGCCGAGGCUCUAUGAUGCAGCUCACCAGGGGCUCUCUGGUCCCGCCUGCCAUGAAAGUCGACGCGAUGCGGCGCGUGCUCGCGCACAGGUCAGACCUCCACCAGGUCUCGAAGGUGGGGGCCCAAGACGACGCCAUCUUGUGGGACACUCAUGGUUUCGAAUGGAUGGGCGAAGUUCUUCAGAUUCUAGCCGUCGGAGCACGAAAUGAGAGCCUGUGGCAGUUUACGUAUCCAGAGUUAGUGCGCGAGAUCCGCAAGCAAGGCCGGCUGCUCGGCCAAGACAUUGUGCCUUACCAGUUGCGCCAUCGCUACGAGAAGCCAGGCAUGAUGAUGAAAGACUACGCUCUGCUUCCCCUGGCGCUGCGCUGCUGGUUGGAGGAGCAGGUGGACGCGCUGAAGGACUCGAUCCUUCGAGGUCGCGUCGGCGCGAGCGGCAGCCUGGUUCGGAAGCUGCUAUCCGCGAUACCGCUCGGCCGGUUGAAGUUGCGUGCAGCCUGGACGCCUUGCGCCCGCGCUGUGGGAGGGAUGAGCGACUUCAACUACCUGGAGUUCUUCAAGGAGGAGGUCCAGCACGAGAGCGCGGUGAUCAGAAUGGCAGCGGUCAACCGGGUCCACCUGAUCGCCUCCGCGCUCGGCCCCGACAAGACCAUCCACGAGCUCCUCCCCUACGUGGCUCAGGUGGUCAAGGAGGAGCCGCUCUGCUACGACGAGGAGUUUCUCUACAGCAUGGCCAGGCAGUACGCAGUCCUCUCCGACUACAUCAGCGGCCGCGACGAGCUGCUGAUCGGUCCCCUGGAGCACCUGGCCGCGCAGGAGGAGACUGUGAUCAGGGAGCAGGCCAUCCAGUCCCUGUGCCAGAUCGUGGAGAGAAAACCGCAUACCGGGUGCCGACAGCACGUGGUGCCCACGGUCCACCGGCUGGCGACGAAGAGCGACUUCUUCACCGCGCGCGUGUCCGCCUGCGCGUUGUUGCCUACCGUCUACCGCCACGCCACCCAGGAGCAGAGGACCGCGCUCCAGGAGGCGUACCACGCCCUGUGCGCGGACGACACGCCCAUGGUGAGGCGCGCCGCGGCCCACAGGAUGCCCGACCUGAUCUCCGCCUGUGACAAGCGGGUCGUGCUCAACGACAUGAUGAGCGUGUACAAGCAGCUGUCCCAGGAGGACACGCAGGACACGAUCCGCGUGUCUUCCGUCCACACCGCCCUGGUGAUCGCCAAGAUGUUCGACGCGGAGGAGAACUCGCAGCACGCCGUGACGGCCAUCAAGGAGGCGGCCAGCGACCGCUCGUGGCGCGUGCGGCUGACGAUAGCGACGAACUUCAGCCAGCUGUGCGCGGCCUUCGGUCCGGAGAUCACGGCCGCACACCUGAUGGAGCCCCUCAAGCAGCUGAUCAAAGACACCGAGCAGGAGGUGCGAAAAGAGGCCGUGCGCGUCGUCGAGCAGUGCCUUCUCUUGCCGGACCCGUUCACCAGCGACCAGCUCCAGCAGCACGUCCUGCCGCUGUUCUCGUCGCUGGCCAUCGACCCUUCGCAGCCGGUGCGGGCGGCGCUUGCCCAGAUCCUUGGCCCCGUUGCAAAGACUCUCGGGCGCGAGGUCACCCAUCGGCAGCUGCUCAGCCUCAUCUCCGAGCUGAUGAAGGACGAGUCCCACGACGUGCGCCUCAACAUCGCUUCUCACGUGGGUCUGCUCUGCGAGGUCCUGUCCGUCGACGGCUUCGUGCACUCGCUGCUCAGCACAGUCCAGAACCUCAUCAUGGACAACCACUGGCGAAUUCGCCAGAGGAUCAUCGAGCAGGUCCCAGCGCUCUCAAGACAUUUCGGCGUCGAGAUGUUUCAGUCGAAAUUAGAGGCACUCUACCUGUCCAGCCUGCGCGACUCCGUUCACUCGGUGAGGGAUGCUGCGACUCAGAAUAUGAAGGCGAUUGCAAACACGUUCGGGCCAGCAUGGACCGUGGAGCACCUCCUACCGAAGCUGGUCGAGCAGUACUCCCAGAGCUCAGGCUACGCCAGCCGCGUGACCAUGCUGCACGUGCUUUCACAGGUUUCCAGCGUGAUGACGCCAGAGCAGAUUCUCCAGUUUAUCAUACCUGUGCUGAUCAAGGCCACCAAGGACGGGGUCCCCAACGUCCGGUUUUGCGCGUGCCGAAAUAUCACGUGGAUGAUGGAGAGCCACAACUUCAGCUCGAUGGUGGCCAUCAGCGCGGUGAUAAAGCAGGCGUUGACGGAGCUCCAGCACGACUCGGACAUCGACGUGCAGUACUAUGCGCAGCGGGCCAUUGCCCAGUGCAGUUCCUCGGCGGCGGACUUGCUUGGCGAGUUGGCCAGCCGAAGGAGUCCUACCUAA